UGGGUGUGCCCGUUUUGGCCAUGGGUCACCGUCCUGGUUCUGCAAGAGUUUCUAAAGAACUGAGCCUAUACAGUUCUCCUUUGAAGCGGCCCUCUUCUCUCUCACAUAGGUGUUUCUUUCACGAGUAUCCCGCAUACUCUUCCAAUGUUAUCGAGUAGAUCAACAUUUUAGAAUCAUUAAAGCAAACGUUUUUGCUAACCUCGUGCGGGAGUCACUGUUUUAACGAGGAGUGGGUAGGAGUCUGAGACCCCCACAGUGACCAUCCUUCGCUCUAUAAUUUAGUUGUCCCUUUUGAACCUAGGACCAACUAGGUUGGGUAUCCACUAUAGAACUUUUCAAUUCACGGGCUUUAGUCCCAUUCCUCGUGACAACUUCUCCAACAAUUCUCUAUCAAAUGCCUUGGUUAGCGGAUCCGCUAUGUUAUCCUUUGACUUCACGUAGUGAACUUCGAGAAUCAAUUUCUCAUUCACCCGUUAUCCGUUUUGAGUGUACCACAUAUCGAAUUGUAGCCCUUAACAAGGACAAUCCGAAACCACUUUGACCCGACCCAAAUCGGAAGUGGACCCCACUCAAAUAAUUGCCCCAAAAUGACCAUUUAAUGCAAUUUUUAACACAUUUUUCCAACAGGAGACACAACUACUCAUCUCCAGAGUAGGACAAUCAAGGCAUUGUGAAAAGCAAGAGCAUUAACACGUGAGAAGAAAGUACAAAUAGUUGAAGAAUUAAAGGCUAAACCAAUACAAGUGUUGGACAUUUAUUGGAAAAUAAAGCUUAAGUAUUAAUUUGCAUGGUCCUUAAAUGUUUUACACUUAAAUGUGGUGGUUACUAAAAUAAUGUUAAAGUAAUAUUUAAAUAUAUGUUAUUAUGAUAACCAUUUAUGUACACGUGUACUUGUGGUAUCAUAAUAUUUAUAUUACUUUAUUACUUUUGUUUUGCACUUGUAAGCUCAUUUCAAAAUAUUAGAUUUUAAAUUUGAAGAUAAUGCCGCACUUUUUCUAAAAAGAAUAGUUGUGUACUUUUGAAAAGGUGUGAUCCUUCCAAGGAAGGAAGUUUGACAACCGUUUCAUCGUAAGUUCAUUUCGGUUGGUGAAAUCCUUUUAAAAGAGACAUCAAUUUAAUUAUAAAUAUGAGGAUCAUGCUGAAAUGAAGGAUGCACGGCAAAAUCAUUUUGUCAAUUUCUCUAUAUGCCUUACUCUAUUACUUUUAUCUGCAGUAUUGGUAAUAAAGUGUUUAGACCACUUUAUAUACAAAUCACUUGUUCGGUGUUAUUUUAUCGGUAACUAAAAUACACCAUACACCUUCUUUUUAUCUCAAAAGUUCUAUCUUGUAACCCGGUUACUGUGAUAAGGGUAGAUAGUAGUAAACUUUUAGGAAAGCGUAUUUUAUACGUGACUAGAAGUGAUAUCCGGUCCAACCAUAUUUAUACACCCUUAUAUUUUACUAAUUUUAUCAUCCGGUUCUAACAAUCUAAAAGUUUACUAGUCCGUAAAUAUGGCCGCUACGCAACGUGAUAUCAACACCAAUUUUCAAAAAUUGGAAAAAUUUGAAGGUGUGGAAUUUCGAAGGUGGCAGGAAAAGAUGCAUUUUUUGCUUACCACUUUGAAAGUGGUCUACGUGUUAAGCACUCCGAGGCCGCCCGAGUCUUUGGAAACAAGUCAUUGUCGCAUAAAGUGGGACAAUGAUGACUAUAUCUGCCGUGGACACAUUUUGAAUGGAUGAUGAAUCUUGGUGGAUCGAAACCGGAGCAACAAGGCAUGUAUGUAAAGAUAGGCAAUCUUUUAAGACUUUAAAAGAGUUGCAAGAGGGGCCAAUCUUAUACAUGGGAAAUGACGCUACUGUGCAAAUUCAAGGAAUUGGGCAAGUAGAGUUGGAAUUAUCUUCCGGAAAGAAAUUAAUUCUUAAUGAUGUGUACUUUGUACCACAAAUCCGGAAAAAUCUUGUCUCCGGUGGGAUCCUAAAUAACUUUGGGUUUAAACUUAGCUUUGAAGCAAAUAAGUUUGUUUUAUCUAAGGAUGGUGUAUUUGUUGGCCAAGGUUUCUAUUGUAAUGGCAUGUUCAAACUAAGUGUUGUAAAUAAAGUUGUUAAUUCUGUUUA